AUGGCAAAGAAAAGAGCAGAAGGCCCGAAGGACGUCAUCGACCUCAGUAUAUGGAAAGAAGAUAUGGCAGAGCACAUCAAUACCAAGUGGCCCAUUCUAAGAGAUCUCAAUAUGAAAGAGAUAUUAGCGAAGUAUGAGUCUCCCAAGAUCGGCGCACGUAUGUUUGGCCGAGAUGAGCGUUCUGCGAGAUAUUGGUCCGAACGCGACCUAGAGAAGCUUAACCAGAAAGCUCCCACGGUGCAUGGUCCGACGAACCAACACGAAGACACUGCCAGGGACCGUGAUCCCAGCUACGGGAGGAAGCUUUAUAAGACGAGCUUAAGAGUAUGGAAUGUAUUUCCAACGGAAAUCAUCAGUCCAUUUGCUGGAUUAGUCUAUGGUUCUAAACACGAUCCAGACAUACAAUCCAAGUUAAUCGAGAUGGAAUGGCCAACAUCCUUUAGCAAGAGUUUGAUGCCAAUCCUGAUUCAUAACAUAUGGCAGGGAAACAUGAGUUUUAUGGCUGCUGCCAUCAAAUUUACUUGCAUCUGCAGGUGUGAUGAUCGACGCCCCUGCACACUCCCAUUGCCACGUCGCGAUCCUUUAUACAUGGCUAUCAUAUAUUGUCAAGACAAAGCACCGCAAUCCUCCGUGCCAAAACUCCUCGAUGCUGUGAGAAAGAGGCUUAAGGAGGUAAAAAAAUGGCCUUCGAGGGAGUUUGAGGUUUUCCAUUCCAUCGCCGAAGUAGCUUGGAAAUGCGCCAAAUGUACGAGCAAACGUGGUAGACGCAGGCCGAAAGCGAAGCCACAAUUCUGGUUUCUUCACACAGUUAGAACAAGCCAUCUCAAACUGCUUGCCAGAGCCCUGGAUAGGACGAUGAUACAUGGUGCACCAUUCCUACCCUCCAGUAUACAGAAGAAGCUGUUCAAUUAUGCGCGCGCAUGUGGUAGACCUUAUGCCAGAGAUCCACCCAUCAAUUCCGCAGAGUAUAUAAAGUAUCGUAAAAUUGCUCUUAAAUAUUUGCGACAAGAGGCAAUCGUUUAUGAGCAUGGGAUCGAAGAGAAUCCAUCCGUCAGAUUUAGUCUUUCAAUCAAUACACGUGUCAUAACCAAAGACGAGGAAUCAAGCGAUGAUUCAGAUGGUGAUUCAGACAAUGAUUCAGAUGACUCAGAUGACGAUUUAGACGAAGUUCUAGAUGACAGUCAUGACGAAGAUGACGACGAGGAUGACACUGGAGAUGAUGAAUCUCACUCCUCCGAUAUCGAUGUCAUCGACGAAACGCCAGCGCGUACUCCCAAGAGUGUUGACAAGUCAACUCGAAGAAGAACCCAGAGUAUUGGUUUACCCAAGAAGAGGCCCUUUCCAAACUACGAUGAGGAAGAAUCUGCUUCAAAAAAACGUCGGCGUAUUAGAAACAAGGUUACAGAGGACGAUGGUGGGUCCGAUCUUGACGGGGGCGACGGGUGCAUGAACUUACCACCCCAGCGAAUCCAAACCAUGCCGACCAUCAGAGAAGAUGGCGCGCAUAUCGAGGGUAACCCCGCUGGCAUGUCACCCGAUCGAGUUUCGGACGGACCGGUUUUUUAUCCGGAGAGCGUGUUCAGCAAAGUUGAUACCCCCGACGGAAGCAGCUCCCACGGUUAUGGUGACUCAGUGCAAGACAAUACUGAGGUUCAGCAAACCCACGUCCAGUCUUCAGGGGACAGUCCCGAUCUUAGGACCCUAGAAGCUGGGAAUAAUAACAGCGAUGCAGAAGCAGAACAAACAACUGCGACUGAUCAGGGUGAACCUGAACAUUCUCAGCCGAGGGAUCCAACUCCACCAGAGUCAGUGGAGGAGGCUAAUCAAAGAGGUGCAAGUUAUCAGCGUGAUCCUGAGGCCAGUAAUGCAAGCGAUAUACUUGCAAUCCAGAAGACGCUCACAUUUGACAGUUUUUCGAAUGAAGUUGCCUGUAGAACCGAGGUGAAUCUCUCGAAAGGGGUUCACCGUACUUGA